CCACUCCUGUUAUGCGCGCGAUGGCAAACUUUAUUGUCGCAUAGACUAUGAAAGACAAUUUCUGCGCAAUCGAUGCCUCGGCUGUGGUCACAGAAUCGCCUCCGAUGAGCUGGUUAUGCGAACUUUUGACAGCGUUUUCCAUUUGAAAUGCUUUGCCUGCGUUGUAUGCGGCGGCAUCUUGAAGAAGGGAGAGCAGUAUGUGGUGAAGCAGGGUCAACUAUUCUGCCGUUUGGAUUAUGAAAAGGAGGUGGAAAUGCUGCAGGGUUAUGAUUUUUAUGGCGAUGACUUAUUUACGCCGAAAUUGGAUGGACGACGUGGUCCUAAGCGACCACGCACCAUUCUGAAUACGCAGCAGAGAAGGGCUUUCAAAGCAUCUUUUGAGUUAUCGCCAAAACCAUGCCGAAAAGUAAGAGAGAAUUUAGCAAAGGAGACUGGAUUAAGUUUAAGAAUUGUACAGGUUUGGUUUCAAAAUCAGCGUGCCAAGGUGAAAAAAAUCCAAAAGAAGGCGAAGCAGGAACACUCGAAAGGAGCUAGCGACUCACAAGAUUCUCAAGAAUCGGACAGUAGCAAUUUGGCGAAGAUUAAAGACGAAGCGCACAGUGACUGUGAAUCGCUGCUGGAGUCGCCGUUUUCCGCUUGCGUUGGCAGCGGAGGUAGUGGUGGGAGUGGCGUUGGCGUUGGCGUUGGCAUUGGCGUUGGCGAUGUAUCCUCCUGUGCAGAUGGCGCUGUAAAAAUGCGCUCUAUCAAAGAUGAAAAUGAGAAUACGUCAUUUAAUUGCAUGGAAACCAAUAAAGGUGCGUUGCUAACAAUAUCAAAGGAG